GUCCGGCCCCGGGGGCGGUGGAUGUGUGACCCGGCAGCCCCGCUGCGCCAUCGCUGCCUCCCAGCACCCCUUCUGUGCACCCCGGCAUCCCCUAAGUUGUCCUGCAGCGCCCUGUACCCCGCCCUGCAUCUCCUCCUGAAUCCCUCCUAAAACCUCUCCUUCAUUCCUCAGCAUCCUCCCUGCAUCCCUCUGCACACCCCCGUAUCCUCCCUAAAUCCUCCCCGCAUCCCUCCACCCCCUGCAUGGCUUUACGUACUCUCCGCACCCCCGAUCUGCGCCCCAUCUCACACUUCCUUCUCCAUCCCUGUAUCCCGGCCCUUCAUCGCUGCGCCCCUUCUGCAUCCCUGUGUCCCAGCCUUACAUCCCUGCAUUGCAGCCCUUCAUCCCCGCACCCCUUCUGCACUCCUGCAUCCCUGCACCUGAGACCUGCAUCCCAGCCCUGCAUCCCUGCACACCAUCCUUGCAUCCCUGCACUCUUCCUGCAUCCUCACGCCCCAGCCCUGCAUCCUGCCCAGCAGCAGGGGAGUGUCUCUGGUCCCCUCCUGCCCUUCACUCCCUUCACCAUAAAGAGCCUGUAACCACCCUGCCCUCACCCUCCACCCACCCCUGCACCCCCGGAAGGGCGUUUUCCUCUCUGAGGGGAUGUUCCUCUCUGAGGACAUGCAGGUCAAGUCCCACAGACGCUGUUCCUGCACCCACAGCUGUCAGGUGCAUGUUCCUGACGGGGCUGGCAGCCAUGGCCACGGGGGGGUCACCCAGCCCCCCCGGCGUCCCUCGUCACACCAACCGCCUCAUUAACGAGAAGUCCCCGUACCUGCUGCAGCAUGCCCACAACCCCGUGGAUUGGUACCCUUGGAGUCAGGAAGCCUUUGAUAAAGCAAAGAAAGAAAACAAGGUGAUAUUCCUGUCAGUGGGCUACUCCACCUGCCACUGGUGCCAUGUGAUGGAGGAGGAGUCCUUCAAGAGCAAGGAGAUCGGGGAGAUCAUGAACAAGCACUUUGUGUGCAUCAAAGUGGAUCGUGAGGAGCGGCCAGAUGUGGACAGAGUGUACAUGACCUUCGUGCAGGCCACCAGCGGUGGAGGUGGUUGGCCCAUGAGCGUCUGGCUGACCCCAGAUCUCAAGCCCUUUGCUGGGGGGACGUACUUCCCUCCUGAGGAUCGAUUUCAUCGCGUUGGUUUUCGGACUGUGCUGCUCCGGAUCGCAGAGCAGUGGGAGAAGAACAAAGAUGCCCUGUUGGAGAGCAGCCACAGGAUUCUGGAAGCAUUGAGACAGACAUCUGAAAUCCGUGUGCAGGGCCAGGAGUCACCCCCACCAUCCAAAGAGGUGAUGGACACCUGUUUCCAGCAGCUCUCCAGAUCCUAUGAUGAGGACUAUGGUGGCUUUUCCCAAGCCCCCAAGUUCCCCACUCCAGUGAAUUUGAAUUUCAUGUUCACAUACUGGGCCCUGCACCAAACAACUCCAGAGGGUGCCCGGGCACUGCAGAUGGCUCUGCAUACCCUCAAGAUGAUGGCUCAUGGGGGCAUCCAUGACCACAUUGGUCAGGGGUUUCACCGCUACUCCACCGACCAGCACUGGCACGUCCCUCACUUUGAGAAGAUGCUGUAUGACCAGGGGCAGCUGGCAGCUGUGUACAGCAGAGCAUUUCAGAUCUCUGGUGAUAAAUUCUUUGCUGAUGUUGCCCGUGACAUUCUGCUCUAUGUCUCACGGGACCUGAGUGACCAGGCAGGAGGUUUCUAUAGUGCAGAGGAUGCAGAUUCCUACCCAACCACCACAUCCAAAGAGAAGCGAGAAGGAGCUUUCUGUGUGUGGGAGGCCAAGGAGCUCCAGGCUCUCCUCCCUGACCCUCUCGAGGGGGCCACAGAGGGCACAACCUUGGGGGAUGUCUUCAUGCACCACUAUGGAGUGAAGGAGAAUGGCAACGUGGACCCCAUGCAGGACCCCCAUGAGGAGCUGAAGGGCAAGAACGUCCUCAUUGCCCGGAGCUCCCUGGAGCUGACAGCAGCCCGGUUCGGGCUGGAGCCGGGCCAGCUGGAUGCCCUGCUGCAGGAAUGCCAGCACAGGCUGUGCACAGCCCGGGCACAGCGGCCACGGCCACACCUGGACUCCAAGAUGCUGGCAGCAUGGAAUGGGCUGAUGAUCUCGGGCUUUGCCCAGGCUGGAGCGGCUCUGGCUGAGCAGGCGUAUGUGCAAAGGGCUGCACAAGCAGCUGGAUUCCUGAGGACACACCUUUUCGACCCUGACAGUGGGAGGCUGCUGCGGAGCUGCUACCGGGGCAAGGACAACUCAGUGGAGAAGAGUGCUGUGCCCAUCCAGGGCUUCCUGGAGGAUUAUGUCUUCGUCAUCCAAGCACUCUUUGACCUGUAUGAAGCCUCACUGGAACAGGACUGGCUGGAGUGGGCCCUGCAUCUCCAGCACAUGCAAGACAAGCUCUUCUGGGACCCCAAAGGCUUUGCGUAUUUUUCCAGCGAGGCUGGUGAUCCCUCCGUGCUCCUGCGCCUCAAGGGUGACCAAGAUGGAGCAGAGCCCACCGCCAACUCUGUCACUGUUACAAACCUGCUCCGAGCAGCUUGUUACUCUGGCCAUAUGGACUGGGUGGAGAAAGCUGGGCAGAUCUUGGCUGCUUUCUCAGAGAGGCUGAAGAAGAUCCCGAUAGCCCUGCCAGAGAUGGCCCGGGCCACUGCCAUCUUCCAUCAGACCCUCAAACAGGUCAUUAUCUGUGGGGACCCCCAAGGAGAGGACACCAAAGAGAUGCUGCACUGCGUCCGCUCUGUCUUCAGCCCGAACAAGGUGUUGAUGCUCGCAGAUGGAGACAGCGCUGGGUUCCUCUACCGCCAGUUGCCUUUCCUUGCGUCCCUGGAGAGGAAGGAUGGGAAAGCGACCGCCUACCUCUGCAGCAACUUCACCUGCUCCCUGCCUGUCACCUCUGCCCAGGAGCUGCGUGGGAUGCUCAGCCCAUGAGCCCCUCAGCCCUGCAGGAAGGCAAGAGGGGGGCAGAGUGGCACAGGACCAUGGGAGAGCCCUGUAAUAAAGCCACCCUGAGCACCAUCCCAGAUGGUUCCUGGCAGUGCAUUGGGGCUGUGCCCUUCCCCACCUGCAGCAGGUCGGGGUCUGUUGCUGCAGCACCGUCUCGGCACAACCCACUCUGGUCCCCGGUGCUGAUUUUGGCACGUCCAGGAGACACCCACGGAGGAGUGUGUGCACCCACACUUGCUGCUCGCUGCCUCUUGCCGAGGAAAAGGAAAACAAAUUAAAUAUAAAUCCCAGCGUUAAUGGAGAAGUCAGAUGGGAAAACUAUUAGGGUUCCUAUAGCAACCGAAGGUAACACUGUCAAAAGCACCUGGAUGACUUGGGAGUCAAGUGCUCUUGAACGUGUUACUGGUUAUGACAGCUGUGGUAUUUUUCCAUUACAGAGGAGAUUGUAACAUACAUUAAGUUAAUAUAUAGUGCAUGAAAAAACCUGCUGAUUACAACUGAUGAAAACUUUAUUCUCACUUUGUCCUCCCCUCCAUCCCUCCUCACCCUCCCUGCUUCCAAACAGGUGAGUACCAGGUUUUCAGCAUCCCUCUGACACCCUGGGCUCCCCUGGCACGGCACCCCACGCCCAGGCUGGCCGGGUGCUGUCAUCUGGCAGCAAAACAGCACUGCCCACCAGCUUUCCAGUGGGUUGUGCCAGAAUUUGGGGGUAACCAGCCAGGAGAAAUGCCUUUGAAGUAAAAUUGGAAUUUUGCACUUCAUCUGAAUGCUUUCUAUGCUUGUGGAAGAGGAGGGGUUUUAUUUUCUCUCCUCUCUUGGUUUUAAAAGCUGGAGUGUUUCUGGAAAUCCAGCUGAAAGUUGCUGGUUUGGCAGAUGGCUGGCUGCUUUCCUCUGGGUUUUUUUGCUCUUUUUUUUUUUUUUUUUUAACUUGGCAUCUCUGCUGUGGGGAUUGAUUUGACACCCGUCCUCGGGAGUGCUCAGAGCGAGUUGGUCUGUGUCUGCCGGGAGAGCGUCCUCAGAGAGCAGGGCUGGUGCUGAGUGCCCGUAGGGAAGCCCAGACAUCUCAGAUGCCACAAUGGCAGCUGUCCCCGAGGUGGCACAGCGCUGGGGGCGAUAUGCUGAGCCCAUUUCGGUGCCCACCAGCCCCCUGAGGCACAGACACAGGGUGCCUUUCCCCCACACCGUCUUGCUUGUCGGCGCGUCUCUGUAAGCAGCCGCUGGGCAGAGCUGUGCUGUGAACCUCUGUCAGGAUGAAUUGGGCUCACCUCUCAAUAAAAUAAACCAAAACAAAAAAGAAUGAAAA